CCCAAAAAAAAAAAAAAGAACAUUUUUCUGGUCAAAUUCUAACGUGUUGCUUGUUUUGCACUGCAUAGAUUAAUAAGUUGGCAGCUGUCAGAAUUAAUGGAAUGGUUGAGAGGCUUCAACUGUCUCAACAGAUACGGGAGAGUGUUUAUUGUCUUUUUCAACAAAUACUUAGUCAGCAGACAUCUCUCUUCUUUAAUCGUCAUAUUGACCAGAUCAUCCUCUGUUGUUUUUAUGGAGUCGCAAAGAUCUCUCAAUUGAACCUGACUUUUAGAGAAAUUAUCUAUAACUAUAGGAAGCAACCACAGUGUAAACCACAAGUGUUUCGAAGUGUGUUUGUUGACUGGUCAACGGCACGGCAUAAUGGGAAAACAGGGCAGGAUCAUGUUGAUAUUAUUACAUUCUACAACGAAAUAUUUAUUCCCACUGUGAAGCCAUUGCUGGUUGAACUUGGUCCUUCUGGGACAAGUACAAGAACUACUCGGAUUCCUGAUGCCAAUAAUAGCAAUGAAGGUCAAUGUCCAGGAUCGCCUAAAGUUGCACCUUUUCCAAGUCUUCCGGAUAUGUCGCCGAAGAAAGUAUCUGCAACACACAAUGUAUACGUCUCCCCAUUGCGGACUUCCAAGAUGGAUGCCCUAAUCUCACACAACUCAAAAAGCUUAUAUGCUUGUGUCGGGGAGAGCACACAUGCAUAUCAAAGCCCAUCAAAGGACCUUACAGCCAUCAAUAAUCGCUUAAAUGGUACCCGAAAGGUUAGAGGCACACUCAACUUUGAUGGGAUUGAUGUUGGCUUGGUUAGUGAUUCCAUGGUUGCCAGUAGCCUGUACCUUCAAAAUGGCAGCUGCAUGUCCUCAUCCUGUGCGCCACCAAAAUCUGAGCAAUUGGACUCUUGAAUCUUUGAUUUUGCAUCCCUAUUCCCUACUUUCCCUGUUUGUAAAUCCUGGCUCUCUUCCAAUACUUAAAUCUGUGUCCCAGGGCAUGGCAUGCGCGGUUAUUUAUUGUAUGAUAUCCGCCACCCCCUAUGUGCCUACAUAUAUAUAUUACUCAAUACUGUAGUUGAAGCUGGCCUAACAAAUUUAAUAAAAUUUGCCUUUUUUG